AAUCUAUGCCUUUUAGCCGUGUAUGUACACAACACAUACAUAAUUACAUACAUUCUAAAUAAACUUUGAAUUAAUUAAACUGUUUUGUAUUGUUUUAUAUAUUUUUGAAUCGUUGUUUGGAUUAAUACUAUAGUAAAGUGAACGUAAAGACAGCAAAAGCAGGCGAAGAAAAUCAGAAUGGCAGAAACUAUAGACGAAAAAGUUGUUAUGACUCCUAAGAGCAAAACGGCAACAUCCACCACUCUUAUAGUUGAGAGAAAAGCAGUAGAGGCCGAGGCUAGUGAUAAAAUACAUGUGGCGGGGGGUGAUCAUACUGGAAUAAUCAUCAACAAAGAGAAGAUUUAUGAGAAUGGAGUUACAGAACCAUGUCACGCACAACUUGAGUUUCGUGUUUAUCUUGUAUCAACUGCUAACGGUACACAUACAAGGGAGGCGAGAGCCCUCAGGUUCUGGUUUAAGCCACAGAUGCCGCCGAAUGAAUGCCCACAUGAAGCUCAGGCUUUUUUCAGAGAGCUUGUCAGUCCUCAAGAUUUUCCAAAAGAUUAUGUGGGCUUUAUAAAGAAAAUUAUAAAAUUAAUGCAGAAUAAAUACCACCAAUUGAAACUGUUGGAAGUGGAACUAAGGCAAGAGGGACGAGGUUCACCGCCACCUGCAUUUAUUGAAGACAGUAUUUUAAAUCAAACACCUGUUAUUUCUGAACAAAGAGUACUAGAUAUGAUAGAAAAUGCAUACCCUAAUCCUCUGACUGUUGAAGAUUUUGUCACAGCCGGUAAGUGGUCAAAAACAGAUGUGAAGGAUGCCCUAGAAUCAUUAGAAGAAAAAGGCUUGACACGUGCUAUGUCAGACGGUCUCUAUAUUCGACAACAUAGUAUUGAUACACAGGUUGUGAAGCAAAUGCCGACAUUGUGUUCGUCACGACAACCCAGCAUUGCUGUAGUUACGGCUCUCUAUUGCGAGAAGCAGGCAGUAGACGCUAUGAUGGAUAAUCAGGAGACUUAUGUUCGAUUUACUACUGUGGGUGAAUCAAACGUAUACACACUGGGAACUAUAGGUGCGCACAGAGUUGUCACAACCAAGCUUCCCUCCGUGGGAAGAACCCGCGAAGCCAUGACUGCCGCUGGAAAUACAACUACCAGACUACUAGGCAUUUUCCAAAAGGUCGAGUAUGUGUUCCUAGUUGGCGUAGGCGGCGGUGUCCCGCACUAUACGGACUAUGCCCGCCAUGUGAGACUUGGGGACGUUGUUGUCUCCACUCCAGCACCAGAUUUACCGGACAAAUAUGUAUACGUAUUUUGUGAAAAGGCUGAACGCAACGACAAAGGAGGUUGGGAUUACGAAGUAAAACCUUACAAACCACCGAAUUUCCUACUACAAGACAUUGCCCUUCGCAUUGCAAGUUCGCAAGCGCCUUGGAAUCUGUACGUCAACGAAGGAUUGAAUCGAUUACAAAACGUGCCUGGACGUUGGGAAGCACCAGAGGGCGUAACAGAUCGUUUAUGCGUGGAGAUUGGUGAGGGUGCAUUCAUUGAAGUGUCACAUCCUGCACCCCAGGGUGAUCAAAUCGAUGCAGAGGGUGAGAGGCGUGGGGUGCGUGUGCAUUGCGCUCCAGUGGCAGGUGGGCGCGCCGUGGCUAGUUCUGGCGAAGCGCGCUCCGCUUUCGCUACACACGUGCGCGCGCUCGCUUACGAUUGCGAAUUGGAUGCAGUACUCGACAGCGUGCAAGGCAACUGCAAGGACUGCUUCAUAUCCAUACGAGGCAUUUCUGACUACCGCGACGGCACGCGUGGUAAAGAGUGGCAGCCGCAUGCGGCACUGGCAGCCGCGGCUGUUAUGAAAAGCAUCAUCGCCGCUAUGGACCCUCCUACUGAUUGAGCAUCCACACUAUAAGACUGCAUGAUGAACAACCAAAUCUAUUCCAAUCAGAGCUUUCAGAAAUAUAAUAUAUUUACGUUAAAUUAGGUAACUAACAUGAAAAUUUAGGAUGUGUCACAAAUUUGUUAAAAACUUAAUUAGGAAUAUGAUUCCUUAAAAAUAUUUACCGUAAUUUUACUCGACUACCAAUGGAGGACAAUUAUUUUCAUGAGUACAAAAAUAUAAUUAUGGACAAUAAACUAUCUAGAACAUAUAAAAAACUUAAGGAAGUUAUCAAUUUGGAUUUUGUGGUUAUUUUUAUUUGUAGUCAUCCAAGUUAAUUCCUUAAAUAUCAAAAUUAUACUUAAAAGCCAAGCUAAACUUAAGUAUCAAUUUCUAUAACGUACAUAUUGCGGACCUCCUCCUGGUUGUCGGUAAAAAAAUUAUGCUAUAAUAUUUAUAAAAUAUCAUAGCCAUUUUUAAGAGGCCUUCAUUCCACGAUUUAUGGAAUUUAAAAUUUUGGUUUUUCUUUAAACUACUGGUAUCUUUUAAAACUAAAUAUUAGAAUUGCAAAAUUGCGUAAGCACUUACCAAGUCAAAUAAGUAACAUACUAACACAUUUUGUGAAUUUUCUUUAUUAUAUUUUUGUAUUAAGUACCACUAUUAAUGAUAACAUUGAUGGCCUCUUAAGAAUUUGAACAAAAAAAAUACAGGAAUCACAACUAAUACAAACCUGUUAUUUGAUUAGUGAUUGAAAAAACUUAUCUAAUUGUAUAUAAGUGAUUAAUUUACAGUACAGGUUUACUUGCCUUACAUUUGGCUGUUACAGAAAUAUUAAUAUAUAAAUAAAGUUAUUUCAUUAAGAGUUAUUUACACAAAUUAGUGUAGGCAACGAAAUUAAUAAUAAUUUUAGUGAGAUUUGUAACUGUUAAUUAUUAUUGCUAAGCUUAAGCUUGCUCAGUUAUUUUUCGGUUCUCUAAUAAUUUCAUAGCCAUUUGCCAAACUAAAAUGUGCUCAAAACAGGUCUUCCCUGCUUUCAAGCCAAAAUCAUAUUAUAAUAUUCAUAAUAUUUAAUUAUUGAUUGUAUAUUUUAUCUUAUUUUAAAUAAGUAUCCAGUGUGAUACUUGACUUGAAUAUAUGUAUCAUCAAUAUUUCAUUAUUGAAAGAUAAUUUUUAUUACUUUUGUCUUAUUAAUGACUCAUCACACUCAAUGAAUUGUAAUAUUUAAAUUUUACACGGAUUAUUAUCACAUUAAUUAGCAUUUAAAAGGCUAUUCAAAUUUUUCAGUGCAUGUUAAGAUGAAUGAUAUUACAUUUUAAAGUAGACACUGUGUCAAAAAAACAAAAUUAUAUAAACGUUAUUUUAUAUAUUUGUUUGCUUGCACAGAAGUAAAAUCUAACAAAUCC